GAGGCGGGUAGGGAGAGAAAAGGAGAGAGACGAGAGACGCGCCGCAAGUUGCUGCCUGAGCUCGCUGCUCUCCUGCUGGUCGCUGCCCGGCCGCAGCGGGAGGCGCAUCCAGGGCGCGGGGCCGGCGCCUCCCGGAGGAAUAAUUUGUCAAUACUGUAUCUUACUUGAACAUCAAGCCCUACAGAGACUACAAGCCACCCGCGGAUCCGAAACAGAAAUGUGCAAAGGCAGGGAGUGCAGAUCCCGUCUCCUCUGCGGGCGCACUGAUGCUGCUGUCUCGCUCCGGACACAGCGGAGCUCUGGCUCAUCAUAAACACACCAGCGUUUCUCUGCCGUUCGUUCCCAUCACCCUGCACUCCAAGAAGAGAAGAGCGGUCCGGGGCUGCGGGUGAGCGCCUUUGUGCCGCUGCUGGCUGGGCGGGCUGACAGGCGGCGUUGUUGGCAGGCUGUGCCCGCUUGGCAGCCGAUCCCGCCUGGCAGUGGGAUCUGGAUCUGUCCUGCACAGGAGCCGGGAGAGCCCGGGACGGGCUGGGAGCUCCCGUUAGCGCCCGCGGGGAGCGAGCGGGGAGCGCUGCUGGAUGGAGCAGCCGCUCCGCGUGUCUUCUGCGCACGGCAGAGCGCGUCUGGCACCGGGAGUCCCUGUUAACCAGAGCCCAGAAGCUUCUGCUUCCUCACUGGGAGAGCCUGUAUGAAGACUUGUGUGGAUUUUGUUAUAAGAAACAGAAGGUGCAUGCAGCACAGAUGUCAGUCUUCUUCAAGGAGUAACUUCUUCCACCCCAAGUGAUACCAGCUCCUGCUAGCACCAUGGGGCUGGAGGGGGUUUUUUUAGGCAGUGGACAGAUCCACGUGAUCCUGUGGGGAAGUUUGGCAGCCAUGACAACACUCUUGUUCCUCACCUUCCUCAUCUUCCUUUGCUCCAGCUGCAAUGGGGAAAAGAAGGCCAAAAAUCAGAAUGGAGAUCAUGAAAAUCUGAUGAAUGUGCCUUCUGAGAAGGAGGUUUUCAGCCAUUCCAUCACAAGUUCAGCUACAGAGCCUCCCCCAAACAGUGAGCAGAAUGGAGCCCUCAGCAAUGGUGAUGUUCUUUCUGAGGACAGUACAGCUGCCUGUAUCCAGCCUUAUGAAGAAGUACAGACAUCUACUGAUCUACUAGAUCAACAGGAUAGUCUUGGAAAGUCUAUAAAAUGUCACCAGAGCCGGGAACUACCCAGUAUUCCCCCUAACAACCCCAUGGAAACUAUCAUCUCAUCUAGAAAUGCAGAAAAUGACCAAGGUCUUGGGAUGGAAGGGCCUUAUGAAGUCUUGAAAGACAGCUCCUCUCAGGAGAACAUCGUUGAAGACUGCUUGUACGAAACUGUGAAGGAAAUUAAAGAUGUUGGAGCAGUAGUCAUUGUGGAAGGGAACUCUAACAGCAAAUCAAAGGCUUCACUGACAGUUUCUGAAGGUCAGACUCAGAUUCCUGAGUGCAGAAUUGAGUCAGCAGAAUAUGCAUCUGUUGACAGAAAUAAGAAGAGUCGCCAAAGUGCAAAUUCAGAAAGUCCUCUUGACAACAUACCAGAUGUAGAGGAUGAGCUUCCCCCUCCAGUACCCAUGAAACUUCUUGAUGAAAAUGAGAAUGUGCAAGAAAAAGAAGUGGAAGAAGAAGUGACAGAAGGAGCAAGUAAACCAGAAAAGAGGCUUAGUUCAGUGUCUUACAAGUCCCGAGAGGAAGAUCCAUCUCUUACAGAAGAUGAGAUCUCAGCCAUGUACUCAUCGGUGAGUAAGCCAGGACAGGCCAUCAAGGCACUGGAUUCUCCUUACACCUGCAUUCAAGAAAUUGCAUCUCAGAGGUCUCCAUCUAUUUGCAGUGGCCUCUAUGCCAGUGUGAAGGACUUUGAAAACACCCUAAAUUCUACCACUGUGCCUCAGCCAGCGGACAGACCAAACGGGGAGCUGGAGCCGGACUAUGAAGCUAUCCAGUCAGUGAGCCAGGAAGAAGACAGGACCUUGUCUGUGCCUCACACAAACCACACUGCUCUUUCAGGAGAGAAUGACUAUGAGAGCAUAGGGGACUUGCAGCACCACAGGGAAUUCACCAGACUUUAACCACUCCAGCAGCAGAUUUCCCCACUGUUAUUUUCAAAGGACAAGUGAAACACAGACAGGGAAGUGCUUUUCCUUUUGAGGAACAAAGCUAAGUAUGGAACACAAGUUGUGAAGAAGCAACAUACAUUUCAGCCAGGGUGGGAUACCUGCUGGUUUUUCUGGGUGGCGGAUCAAGCUCGUGGGAAAGGGUACGUCAGGUCAGAAAGAUGACCAGGACAGCAUAAAGGUUUCUUUAUUAUCAUUAGCUCCAAGGCAAACAUAAUUUGGGAGGAGUGCCAUGCUUGUCGUCCUGAUAGGAUUACAUACCAAAAAGACUACACAAAACUAGCUUCUCAUUUUAAGAGAUCAUUUUAUGUCCUUUUCUUCAAAGUGUUUUUCAAGCAUAAUUUUUCAUUCAAGUUUUGGCAUCCGCAAUGUUGAGCAAACCACGGAUAAUUGUACCUCAACUCAGACUUUGCAGGGCUGGGGAGGAUGCACUCACUUCUGCAUCUUUUGGGGAGCUCUGUCCACAUUCACUGCAACUAAAGUGCAAACAACAGUAGUUCACAAGGGACUGACUCCAAAUGUACUUGAAUUAAUUCUGCUGACUUUUUUUUCUUUUUUUCUUUUUUUUUUUAAUGUCAAGGGCUGUAGAAUGUGACUUGCAGUAUUUCAGAUGUGUACUGGUAUUUGUAGGGAUUUUGUCUGAUUACUUGUGAAAUAUCCCUUUAAAAUGGCAAGGUCACCCUUAGCAUUCUUGCACUGUUUCCCUCAAAUGGACAUAAACACCUACACAUACACACCCCGUCAUGUCAUGUUGCAAAAAGUUGUGCAAAUGAAUGCAUUGGCAUAAUGUGUAGUCUAACCUUAGUAGCGUUGAGUAAUUUUUUUGCAGAAUUUUGCCCUUUUUAUAAACUUAAAUAUUUUAAUAUGUUUGUCUAGUUUCUUAUAUAGGAAAUAUUAUGUACUGUGUUGAAUGGAUAGCAUUUUUAUUUUUUACAAUAUAUUUUUCAUCUUCAAACUUUUUGUAGAUUAAUUUACUGGGGUUUGUAACAGGAGGAAUCCCAUUCUUUAUUUGGGCUCUAUUUGGUUUUGGUUUUUUUUUAAUUUUAUUCCUAUUUCAAAAGUAGAUAAAAGAAAAUUACUUUGGGGUUGUUUUGUUUGCUUUUUCUGUCUCCUUGAGCAGGGAUAUGGAACAUGCCUUGCUGUUUUUAAGCUAAAAUCAUGGAGUCUAUGUAAAAGAACACUGCCAAAGGGCAAAAAAGAGGCAAAAGAGACAGUGGGAUUUAGUCAGGCAUAGCCAGUGGUCCCCCUUGUUCUGCUAAAAGGAGCAGGGGGGCAACCAAGACCUUCUUGGGCCUCUGACAAGCAGUUUGAAAGCCACUGGCUUUUAAAAAAUGCUGUUAUUUUGUUACUGUGAAAAACAAAAUACAGUGCUUGGAUGAAAUAAGCAGGUACUGGACUGGUACUUUUUUCUUCAACAAUAAUACAAUAAAUAGUACAAUAGUACAAGAAUAGUCCAACAAUAAAGAACUAGCAUUGUGUGACAUGCAUGUGCACAUAGCCCCAUGUAUAUAAGCAUACACUUGUAAUUUGGACACAAGUGUGAGUUAUAGUUCAAGCUUGGCAACAUUCACAUACGUAAUAUCUGGCAUGUGCUUGAAGAGCAGUUUAUUUUCAAUUCAAAAUAAACAGUACAUAAACUGAGGUUGGCUUAUUCUGUAAUACACAAAACAGGUUUACUUUCAGCUCGAUUGGUACUGGGUUUUGAUGGCUGAGCCCUUCUCGGAUUGUUGGUCAGUGCUCCACAUGACUUGGUACUAUGAAGAGCAAACAUGGAUCUGUUUACACACAUUUAUUAGAAACAGUUUCAUAACUGAAAGAAGUGUGCUGAUUUACAGGCUUUGCCUCUGAGGAGCAGUGCAAUUGUGCAGUCAGCCUCUGCCCACAGGGCGGAUCAGACUUUGUGGAUCCUGACCUUGUGCAGCUGCAGCACGCUCGAUCUACGACUCUCUUCCUUGGAGGAGAAGCAGUUCAGACCACUCCACAUCCAUCCUGCUCUUGACCAUGCUGCCAUGUUUGACAGCUGCAGCAAACCCUUUGCUUCCACUUCAGUGCUUUUUAAGGAUGACUGUGGUUUUGCUUUCUGGAGUUUUUCCUUUAUGAAGGUUUUUGUUUCUGUUUCCUCGAAUGUGAAUUCCUGAAGUUCACCUUUGAAUGUUCUCUCCUUCUACUUCACCCUGUCUAAGGCCAAAGAUAAGAUGCACCAUGUUUCAGAAGAUUUGUUGUGCUAAGUCUGGAGAAUUUCUUUAGUCUUUAACUAUGUGUUUUCUGUCUGUUCCUUGCUCAGGGGUACCAGUUUAUAUAUGUAGUCUUCAGUCUGACUCCUGCAGCUUAGUGGCAGGCAUACCUCAACUCCUGAAAUUCCCAAAUAUAUCUCAAGAUGCAGUUAUCCCUUUACAUGGAUGACUGCUUUUGAAGAAACAGUAGGAACAUGAGGUUUGCCAGGUUCACUAGAUUCAAUUUCAAAACCAGUUCAAAGAUACCUUGAGAUAAUGUCCAUUGAUAGCAAAGAAUAGCACUGAAUUCUUGAUGGUAAAAUUUUAAGGUGCAAAAGAGGAAAAGGAAACGUCACUCUAAAAAUACACCCAUUGAGACCAGCAGGUCAAAGGGUGGUGGAGCACUGUUCAGUCAUUCUGUUGUUUUUCAUAGCUAGAUCAGAAAUGUUGCUUUGUAAGAAGGGACACAAGUCCUUCUGUCUUUUCUCUAUUCUGACAACUGCUCCUGAGACCCCCUAGACUUCCCUUUUUCACACUGAAAGAAAAAUUCUCCUCCCCCUCUCUUCUUUCUUUGGUUUCUGUUUUUAACCUGUCUUAUACAGCCUUGCACUGGGAGCUUGUACUGUAUCUGCCGUCCUGUGGCAGUGGCACAUUCCUUCCUGUUUAAAUGACUUCCAGGAUGGUCACAACCUUUUAAUGGUCCAUCAGACCUCAUUCUCAUGGAGAAACAGUUCACAUUCUGGAUUGCUGCUUUUGGGAUGUGUACCUGCCCUCAGCCUUGAGACCCACACUGGAUUUAAGAGCUGCAAAAACAAAUUACCCUCCUGAACAAGGAUGUAUGGGGGAGUCCAUAACUCCCUUGCAAUCUCCAUUAUGUAAUCUAAUGCUAAAGGUAAAUGCUUUAGAAUUCAGUCUGAGGUUGGUGAGUAUUUACAUUUCUUGACAAAGAAUAAAGGUUCCGUUUCAGUCCUCUCUUCCCAGAAGUAACACCUGUUCCUUUAUGGCUGUUGUCAAUGCUUCCUUUUCAUUAAUAUAUUUGAUAGAAAGAUUUUUCCAGCGUUAAUUCCCACAGAGAUUAAUCUGACUGUAAAGAAAAGGGAGUAUCUUCUACUUGUCUCUUUACUGCUCUUUUUAACUCUUUCACCAUAUCCCUAAUUAAAAAUGAAGUAUUUUCCAAAAACAUCCAAAAUAAAUAAUCCAAAUAAAUAAAAAAAAAAUCCAAAUAAAUCCAAAAUUAAG